UAGAAAUUAAUAUUUAGGAAUUCGUACUGAAUUAAAAUCACAAGAUGUCAAAUAGUAAAUGUGUUAAACAAUUGCGCAAAAAUUAUGUGAAAGAACAGCAAGAAAUGUCACAUUCGGAAAAGUUGCGAUUGAUAGAUGAUGAAUUGAAUGCAUUUUACAAAUACUGUCAACAAGCUGGUUUCACGGAAGAGGAAAUGGAUAUUAUUUGUCAACCAUUAGUAGCUGCAAUGCGACGUUCUUGGCUGCAACUUGUUUUCCGUGGAACGCUUGUUCUAAUUAUUCUUGGCACUUUGGCUUGCUUAGCAGCCCAACUUGAUUUUGUUGGAACACAUUUUACUGCAAUCAGUCGUCUUUUACUAAUUAAAGUUCUACCAAUCUGGAAUUGGCAACCCUUGUACUAUGAAAAUUGUAUGAUCAAUAAUCCUUUUUAUAAUGAUUACAUGAUAACUGAAGAAGAUUGUGUGACUUGUGAAGCUUUAGAAACCAUUGAUCGUUUGUCAGAUGUGAGAUACCGUAAUCUUGUUGAUAAUUAUUUAAGCAGGGAUGCACCUGCCAUUAUUACAGAUGCAAUGGAUUCUUGGGCAGUUAUGAACACAGAUUACUUUUGGUUUGAUAACAUUACUCAUCUUUAUUUAGAAAACGAGCGCUUAAUGGAAACAGUACCUUGUGCUUUAACCUCCAAUUUAAGAACUGGUUCAUCUGAUUUGGCAGCAUUUUUACGUCGGGUACAUUCACCUGAAGUAGCUAAAUGGUUCGUUCAUUGGCAAAACUGUGAUAUCAAUGCAGUAAAGGUGUUGAGAAAAUAUUACCAACGCCCAUACUUCCUUUCAAGUACUGUCUCACCAGCGCAUUUUAAUUGGGUGCUUAUGUCCUCGGAUUACAAUAGUCCGAGUUAUAAAAAAGUCGAACUAGAUUCAGGUCUUAUAGCCUUAGCUCAAUUACGUGGAGCUACGCAACUUCGUUUGACUCCUAUAAAUCCUUGUAAUAGUUCUUGCCCCGAACUAAUAGCAGAUUUGCAUCAAGGCGAGAUGCUUGUUUUUACUAAUCUAAUGUGGACUCUGGAAUAUGCGCCAAUGAGAGGAUUGGACAAUAUCGCAAUCUUGACCGAAACCGUUUGGGAGGAGGAUACAUAA